AUGAAGAGAAAGCUGGCCGACAACGACGACAAUCAAGCAGCGGAAUACCGUGCUUCUCUGUUCCCAAGCGAAAGCAUCGCCAAGAAGCGGAGGCAUCGCACCAGAGCCAUGGCGACACCAGCGACCACCACGCUCCGGCUGACCGACCAGGAGCUGCGGCUCAAGAACUUGCUGCUCGAUGUGGCUGCCUUUGUCAACAAGAAUGAAAAUCUCAGCGAGCAGCAAUCUCGAGAACCAAUCGUCCUGCGCUGGGCCGGCGGCUGGGUCCGCGACAAGCUGCUGGGCCAGGCCAGCAACGACAUCGACACGGCCAUCAACUCCAUGACCGGCUACGCCUUUGCACACCAGAUGCAGGCCUUUUGCGCUGACCCCGACAAUAUCGACCGCCACCGCAUGGCCGCCAGCGACCUCGGGAGCGUCCACAAGGUCGAGGCCAAUCCGGACAAGUCCAAGCACCUCGAGACGGCCACCGUGCGGAUUUUCGGCAUGGACAUUGAUUUUGUCAACCUGCGCAAGGAGACAUAUGCCGCCGACAGCCGCAACCCGCAGAUGGAGUUUGGCACAGCCGAGGAGGACGCACUGCGCCGCGACGCCACGGUGAAUGCGCUCUUUUACAACCUGUCCACGGGUCUGGUGGAAGACUUCACGGGCGGCCUGGCGGACAUGGCGGCUCAGCGUAUCCAGACGCCGCUCGAGCCGCUGCAGACGUUUACCGACGACCCGCUGCGCGUGCUGCGGCUCGUGCGCUUUGCGAGCCGCCUGCAGUUUACCAUUGACCCGGCCGUCGAGGCCGUCAUGGCAGACCCGCGCGUGCUUGACGCGCUGCGGCUCAAGAUCAGCCGUGAGCGUGUGGGCAUUGAGGUGGAAAAGAUGCUCAAGGGCCAGCAUCCGCGCGACGCUCUGGCCCUGAUCGAUCGGCUGGGGCUGUACCACGCCAUCUUCACCAACCUGGUGGCCGGGACAGACGCGAGCGGGGCCGCCACGACAACACCAGCGACAACACCAGAACACACAGAGCCAGAUCGGCCCAAUCUUACGGGCUGGGGUUCUGUCUACGAGUGCCUGCACGCCCUGGCCGAAACCAAGACACCAGGAUCGAUCUACGAUGUGCUCGUGCACACCGAGGAAGCAAAGUACUUUGCCUGGGUCCUGGCCGCCGCCGUGCCAUGGGGUCAGGUCGCACCGCCGCCCACUCCUCCUCCGCCUCCACCACCACCACCGCCUACGAAUGGAAAGAUCAAGAACAAGGGCAACGCCGGCAGCCUCCCUAGCAAGCCCCCACCGCCGCCGGUUGUGCUUGCUUUACGGGACGGCAUCCGCGCCCCCAACAAGCUGAGCGACGUUGUGCAAGGCGGCUACCGCCACCGCGACGAGGUCCUGGUGCUCAAGCAGCUUGUUCUGGACCGCAAGGCGCCGGAGAUCCACGAGCGCGACCGGUUCGGCAUGGCCAUCCGCAGCUGGGAGGCCCGGGGCAGCAACUGGCGCCUGCAGGUGCUGUAUGCUCUGCUAUGGGAGGUGUUGCUGCUCGCACAGACGACUGCGUCCAAGGACGCCCCGCCCAGCCAAGCCCAGCUCGACAGCCUCAUGCGGGACUGGCAGGUGUUUCUGGACCACCUCGAGACGCUCGACGUGCUCGACGCGCCGCACAUUAAGCGCUUGCUGGACGGCAAGCAGGUAGCCGCGGCGCUGGGGAUCAAGCCGGGCAAGUGGAUGACGGCCGCCAUGGACAUUUGCAUGGCCUGGCAGCUGCGCAACCCGGAGGAGACGGACCCGGCAGGCGCUCUCGAGGAGGUGCGGCGGCGUAAGGACGAGGUGGGCAUCAGCGACCUUUUGAAGUAG